GCCAACUCCUUCAUCGACGCUGAGAUGCAGCUUCUCUUCCUACUCCUCCGCCAUGUGAGUGAUUUCUCGGUCCCAGAGCUCCUUUUCCCCAGAUUCCUCUUUCUCUCUCUUUCCCAUGAAUCCUCCAUUCACUACAAACCUCCUCCUCUCUCCCUCUGGAGACCAGAUGUUAUGUUUGGUAGUGAUCGGAGGAGGCCAGAAGAAUGGGGUGCACAACUUCAAUCUCGAAGAUAUACACAGUUGGGAGGAGGAAGAAGACGAUAAGUAUUCCCGAAACUGUGGUUUUCGUCCCCUCAAUGCGUGUUCCGGUUCGGUCUGACCUUCAGAGAACUCUUAGAGGCCUGAUUCCGCGGGAUGUUGCUGAUAAGUUAUCUUCACUUCGGAAUCAGAUUGUUUUAGUGGCGGAGGAGACUGUUUUUGCAGGUGGAUCUGCUGUUACAGAACUAAUGCGGAUUCUAGAGGAGUACUUGUCUGUUCUUCUUGGAUUGACUAAAAAUGAAUAUGGGCUUGAAGAGUUGGUGGAAUUCAAGUGGAAAAAUCUUGAAGGUGGACUGCAAGAAACAAAUGUAGCAAACUCCUGGUUUGAAUUACUGUCCAUUGUCCACAUGAUGGCUGUUCUGACACUUUCUGAGGCUAACUCUUUGCUGAUUCCUAAGGAUCACUCUGGUUCUGGUGAAAGAACGGUGUCUGCAGAUUUCAAGAGGGAUGCUGUGGAAUUAUUGCUCAAGGCUUCAGGUUACUUGGAAUUCUGUGUUCGGGAUGUACUGGCUCACUUACGACCAGAUAUUAAAAGGAGGUUUCCAAAAGAUCUGCAGGAGGGUGUAUUGGAGGCUAUGUCAAUUCAAGCACUAGGCCAGGGAACCGAAUUGCAGCUCAGUUUAGCUGUUGAAAGCCAAAAGGCCACUUUAUCUGUGAAGAGGAGGCUGGCAUGUGAACAAAUGAGCUAUUUCAGUCAGGCUCAUUACUGUUUGUCAGGAUGUGACAUGAGUCAUGGAUAUGGAAAGAAGCAUCUCCUGUUCAUAAAAUGGAAGUACCUUGAAGCAAAGGCUGCAGCAUACUACUACCACGGCCUGAUCCUUGACAAGGGUAAUGAGCCAUCCUGUCAUGUUAGUGCUGUAUGUUGUUUUCUUGCUGCGGAAGAACUUCUCGCAGAUAGCAAGAAGGUCUUUUUGAGCUUUUGCCUUGCAGUUCCUGUGACCAGGGCUCCUCCUUUGUGUGACGCCAUGAAGCAUUUACAUCAGAAAAUUCCCGAUAUUGCAUUGAAAAAGUCUCAGAUGUAUGGCUAUCUCUUAGAACAAGAGAAGUCUCUCCAAGUACUGCCUGAUCUUCCAGAGUUUCAGCUGUCCUUAAGACCCGAUGACUACCAGUUGCCUGAAAUCCAUCCAGCAUGGAACAAUGAAAAAUGGGAAAACCAGGGCCAGACCCUCAAAGAGCACCUCAGAGAUGGAGAAGAUGAGACUGAAACUGAAUGAUAGGGCAUUGUCUUCUCUCCUUGCCUAAAGAUGUACCAUUUUUCCCUUCUGAACUUUAUCCCCAGUUGUGAGGACUUGACAUUCUCAAACAAGCUUAAAUAUUUACUACAAGAUUACAGUUA